AUGAAAAGAACAUCACAAGAUAAUAAGGUAAAAAAAUCAGAUAUAUCUCAAGACAUUGUUGAAGAUAUCAAAAAAGUUGAAACAACCGAAGAAGUAAAGGAGAGCCUUCCAACAGAGAAUAUUAAAAAUAAUGAAGAAAAAGAAGAGCAUAAAUUAGAUGAAAAAGAAGAGCAUAAUUCAGAAGAAAAAGUAAAAGAAGAAUCUGCUGAAGAACUUUUUCCAUCUGGUGAUGAAGACAUUAAAGACGAGUUUAGUGAAGAAGAAACUCCAUUCGAACAAAAUGCAAAGAAAACCAAUUUAAAGGAAGCAAAAAUUAAAGCAGAAGCUGCUGAAGAAAUGCAAACAAAUAUCGCUGCUGAACAAAGACAUACACUUCCAAGUGGACAAGAAAUUAUUCAUGCACAAGAGAUAGGGGAUGUAGCUACUAUUGGAACUCGAAUUAGAGAAAUUGUUGCUGUUUUAUGUGAUUUUAAAGCCAGACAUGAAGAAGGAAGAAGUCGUCAAGAAUAUAUCUCAUUAUUAAUUCAAGAUAUGCAAACGUAUUAUUCAUGUAAUGAAUUUUUAGCAACAUUGGUUGUAGACUUAUUUGGACCAAAAGGAGCUGUUGACUUCAUGGAAGCAAAUGAAGCACCAAGACCAGUUACAAUUCGUGUAAAUACAUUAAAAUCAAGAAGGAGAGAACUUGCUCAAAAAUUAAUUAAUAGAGGUGUUAAUGUUGAUAUGAUUGAAUGGAGUAAAUCUGGGUUAGUUGUUUAUGACUCUCAAGUCCCUAUUGGUGCUACUCCAGAGUAUUUGGCUGGUCAAUAUAUUUUACAAAGUUCAUCAUCUUGGGUUUCUGUUAUUGCUUUAGCACCACAACCAAAUGAAAAAAUUUUGGAUAUGUGUGCUGCUCCAGGAGGUAAAACAACUCAUAUUGCUGCAUUAAUGAAAGACACUGGUGUUCUUGUUGCAAAUGAUAUUAGUAAAGAUCGUCUUAAAGCAGUUAUUGGUAAUGUUCAUCGUUUAGGAAUUACAAAUACUAUAAUUACAAAUUGUGAUGGACAUGAAUUCCCUAAGGUGAUGGGUCAGUUUGACCGUGUUUUAGUUGAUGCUCCUUGUACGGGUUUGGGUAUUAUUUCACGUGAUGCAGCUGUUAAGUUAAGCAAGAGUGAACAGGAUAUUAAGGAUUGUACAAGAAUACAAAAAGAAUUGAUUUUACAUGCCAUUGACUCAGUAAAUCCAAAAAGUAAAACUGGUGGGUAUGUAGUUUAUUCUACUUGUUCUAUUACUGUAGAAGAGAACGAAGCAGUAAUUGACUACGCUUUAAAGAAAAGAAAUGUUAAAGUUGUGCCUAUUGCUUUACAAGAUGGUGUUGGAGAAGAUGGAUAUGUUAACCAUAGACAAUAUCGUUUCCAUCCAUCAGUAAAAAUGGCAAAAAGAUUCUUCCCACACAUUCAAAAUAUGGACGGUUUCUUCGUAUGCAAAUUAAAAGUGAAUGUUACUCAUUAA